AUGGCGGACAAGCUGGACACGGGAGAAAUCGCCAGCUUUGAUAAGGCCAAGCUGAAGAAAACCGAGAUGCAGGGGAAGAACACCCUGCCGACCAAAGAGACCACUGAACAAGAAAAGAGGAGUGAAACCUCCUAA